AUGAAAAACAUAGAUUCCAUCAAAGGUUGCAGAAUAGAUGAGAACCACUUCGACUUAGAAAAAUAUAGCACGUUUUACUGCAAACAAGAUGUAAGAAUUUUAAGAGAAGGUUUUGUAAAGUUCCGCAAUGACUUAUUGAAAGAGUUUGAUUUAAACGUUUAUGACUACGUUAGUAUUUGUUCAAUUGCUAACAAAUUGUUUGAGAACAGAGUAUACUUCCCGAAUGGAAAUCUUUAUGACCUCUCAAAUAAACCAAGAGAAUUUAUUUCGAGAUGCAUUCAAGGUGGAAGAUGUAUGUUGUCAGAUAACAUGAAACAAAAGAGCAAAAAGAAACUCAUUGCUGACUUCGACACUGUUUCAUUAUAUCCUUCAGCUAUAGCAAGACUUUAUACUUUAGAAGGUAUUCCAAAAGUAUUGAAGGAAGAAAUGUUAAACACAGAGUAUCUCAUGAGACAUUUAUUCGAUGAUGACCAAAAGGAACCCAUUGGUGAAAAGUUUAUGUCUGGCUUCUUUGUUCUCAUUAAGAUAACAGAGAUUGGUAUACCCAGACACUUUCAUUUAAUAGUUUGCGACCCUGAACUAAAUCCAGAACUUAACGUUCCAAGAAGUUCAAACACUUGCUGUCUCAUGUAUGUUGACCAUAUAACAUUACAAGACCUCAUAAAAUAUCAAGGUGUCAAAUGUGAAGUGUUGCAAGGAUACUAUUACGAUGGAAACAGAGAUAUGAGAAUAAGAGAUGAAGUAAAGAAGUUGUUUGAGUUAAGGUUAAAGUAUAAGAAAGAAGAAAACCCCUUACAAGAAAUUAUAAAACUCAUUCUGAACAGCAUUUAUGGCAAAACUAUUCUAUCUCCUAUUGAGUCAAAAAA